GAGGCGGAGGCGGCUUUGCUGAUGAUGCGCCGCCCAAGUACUUGUUAAACUGUGAAUAGAACCCAGGUAAGGUGAGGCGGCCACAAACCACGAGACAAAGAAGAAGAGGAGGAUGAAUGAGAUGAUUGAUGCAGAGACGACGGCAUUGUAUAGUACUCCGUACUUGGGAUUGGGAUUGUGAAUAUAAGGCACUUCCAGAAUUUGUCUGAUAUGCAACGGAAAUCUGCAACGGACCCGUUUUCCCGUGCCUUCCCUCGUCGUCGUCCUCGCCACGCUACGCUAGUGCUCACCGUCCUCGCCGCCGCCACCGCCACCGCCUUUGUUAGCCCACGCCGCGCCAGAUCCCUCGACCAUCAAUCGUCCAGCCGCGCCAGCCAUCGCCCUCGCCAAGCCGCGCCAGCCACGCCAGCUCUCGACGUCCUCGCCGCCGCCGCCCUCGACGGAGAGUCCACUCGCCACCGCUGCCACUCGACGACCAUUCCCCCCGCUGGUCAUCUUGCCGUGAAUUUCAAGUCUCCAGCAGAUUCUCACCUUGUGAAGGCAGCCUCUUGUGCUUCGGUAUCGGAUCUGUUCUCAAGGCCCAAUUCUUCAAACUGCACGAGAAGGCUAGACAGAAAUGGUUGAAAGUCACCGACCAAGAAAUAUGGUACUCGCUAGUUGAGGGCAUAACGCGAAGAACCCCGUUCCCACAGCUGGUGACUACGAGCGGGAAAUGAGGAAGAUGAAUCUGUCCUCCAAACUUCAUCGUUCCAGCAUGAGUAGCAGCAGGGCAGCGCAGAUGGCAGCACUUAAAGAGCAAAACCAAAGGCUGUAGGAACAAAUUGAUAAUGUAACU